AUGCUGAAACUCGUCUUGUUUCUCUUGCAAGGUCCUGUCACCUUCAUGAAUGCCUCCAGAGUUGCUGAAUUCACCUUUGUGGGUCUUUCCAGAUCUCGACCAAUCCAAAUCCUUCUAUCUGUCUUGAUCAUGCUGUGUUAUGCUGCCACACUGUUGGGUAACGUUCUCAUAAUAUUGACGGUGUAUAUAGAUCCACACCUUCUGAAGUCACCCAUGUAUUUUUUCUUAGCUAAUUUAUCCAUCAUUGAUACUGCUUUGGGUUCAGUGGUCAUUCCCAAGGUGGCAGUGGACCUGAUUAACUGUGAUAGGACCAUCUCAUAUGCAGGCUGUAUGUCCCAGAUCUUUUUCCUACACUUCCUUGGAGGUUCAGAGAUGCUCCUCCUUACCCUCAUGGCCUACGAUCGCUACGCGGCCAUUUGCCACCCACUGACAUACACAACCACGAUGAACCAUCCACGCUGCAUUAGACUGUUGUGUUUCUGUUGGGCUGGAGGACUCCUUCACUCUAGCAGCCAGGUGUUCUUGGUUCUGCGACUGCCAUUCUGUGGGCCAAAUGAAGUGGACAAUUUCUUUUGUGAUGUUCCACAGAUCGUCAAACUGGCUUGUGUUGAUAUCCGAGUGACUGAGAUACUCAUAGUGGCCAAUAGUGGUCUGCUCUCCCUGGUGUGCUUCGUUAUCUUGCUGAUCUCCUAUGCCAUCAUCUUGAGCACACUUCAAGGACAUUUCAAAGAGAGUGGAGGGAAGGCUCUGUACACCUGCAGCUCUCAUUUAACAGUAGUCAGCCUUAUUUUUGUACCCUGUCUCUUUGUGUACCUUGUCCCCCUCUUUAGCACCAGCGUAGACAAACUGGCUUCCAUAUUCUACACAAUAAUCACUCCUCUUCUCAACCCUAUCAUAUAUACCUUGAGAAAUCGAGAUAUGAGGGAGGCUAUGAGCCAAAUAAAGAAAAAAUACAUUUUCCCCAUUGUUGUACCACAGAAGAAAAUAUGA